UUAAAGAGAGGUUUUGCUUCCCCUACUUCACUACUCACUCCACUCGCUAAAACUUUUAAUUUCAUAAAUAUUUAUUGUUGUUAAUUCUUUCCACUACCGCCAUGCCCAUCACCGCCUUCGGCGCAAACACCGAGUUAUCACGGUGCUUCUCUGGUCUAAUCAGACCACCGUCCGAUCAGAACCCCACCCCAAUCCAACGGUCCACACGAAUAAACUGCGCGUUUGAUAGGGUUUUUAAUGGGUCUCAGCCGCUAAAACAGAGUACGAGGAACCACAGGCGGCGUGUGCUGUCGGUGUCGACGAAGAACAGUGCAAAUGAGAGUGAGAGUCUAACGUACAAGGAGGCAGGUGUGGACAUCGAUGCUGGCUCCGAACUCGUUCGUAGAAUCGCCAAAAUGGCACCUGGUAUAGGCGGCUUCGGUGGUCUUUUCCCUCUCGGUGAUUCAUACCUUGUUGCUGGUACUGAUGGUGUGGGAACUAAGCUUAAACUUGCAUUUGAAUCUGGAAUUCAUGAAACCAUUGGGAUUGAUCUGGUUGCAAUGAGUGUCAAUGACAUUAUUACUUCUGGAGCAAAACCGCUUUUUUUUCUUGAUUACUUUGCUACUAGCCACCUAGAUGUUGACCUUGCUGAAAAGGUUAUAAAAGGCAUUGUAGAUGGUUGCCAACAAUCUGAUUGUGCUCUUUUAGGAGGAGAGACUGCAGAGAUGCCAGAUUUUUAUGCAGAUGGUGAGUAUGAUCUCAGUGGUUUUGCUGUUGGCAUUGUAAAAAAAGAUUCAGUUAUUGAUGGGAGAGACAUUGCGGCUGGAGAUGUCCUUAUUGGCCUGCCAUCCAGCGGUGUUCAUUCUAAUGGUUUCUCUCUAGUAAGACGGGUUCUAACUCGAAGUGGCCUUUCUCUGGAGCACAAACUUCCUGGUGAAGAUGUUACAUUAGGCGAAGCUUUGAUGGCCCCAACUGUUAUUUAUGUUAAGCAGGUACUUGACUUAAUAAGCAAGGGUGGGAUAAAGGGGAUUGCCCACAUCACAGGUGGUGGUUUCACAGACAAUAUACCUCGAGUUUUUCCAAAAGGGCUUGGUGCUGUCAUCCAUAAUAACUCCUGGGAAGUCCCAAGUGUGUUUAAGUGGAUUCAAGAGGCGGGAAGAAUUGAGGAUGCUGAGAUGAGGCGGACUUUUAACAUGGGCAUUGGGAUGGUUCUAGUUGUGAGCAAGGAAGCAUCUUGUAGAAUACUUGAGAGUGGAAAUGGAGCUUAUAAAGCAUACCGGAUUGGUGAGGUUGUAAGUGGUGAAGGAGUGAGCUACCAUUAAAUUGUUGUAUCAUUAGUGUUGUAUGCUGGUUUUUUGUAUGCAUUAGAUGAGAUGAAUUAUAUAGUGAGUUGCAGCAUAAAUUUCUGUUGUAAUUCAUGGAUGAAGUAAUUGGUCACAUCAAAGCUGUUUUGUAGGACUUCAUGACUUUUAAUUACCAACAAUUGGUGGUUUUGGUUGAUGGCUGUGAGAUGAAUUAUAUAGUGAGUUGCAGCAUAAAUUUCUGUUGUAAUUCAUGGAUGAAGGAAUUGUUCACAUCAAAGCUGUUUUGUAGGACUUCAUGACUUUUAAUUACCAACAAUUGGUGGUUUUGGUUGAUGGC